GAAAUUUUUUUAUUUGCUUGGAGUUUAUUGAACAGUGUUGUGGUUAAUUAUUAUUAUUUAUAUAUUUAUAUAUAUAUAUAUAUUUUUUUUUUUUUUAAAUUAAUUGAUUAGUUGGUUGGGCUUGAUUUUCAGUGAUUUUUUUUCGAUGAUCGGUAGUGAGAAGAAAAUAUUUGGAUUUUAUUUUUAAUUGGAGGGCACGUGAUACCCGGAGCUAAACGAUAAUGAACGUACAAUUGAUAAAAUUGACAGCGUCGAGUAUUCUGUUAACUCUAUUCAUUCUAACGGGGAUCGUUAACUCGACAGACGUUGCUCUAGUUAAACCUACGACCAAAGAUCCUGUUUCAACGAGUUCAUCAGCCCUAAAACUCGAAGCAAGAUCCGAGCCGCUUGAUAAUAAUGACGACAAUAACAUCAGUCUCCAAGUAUCAAAUUCUACUAAAGUUUAUCCAGUCUACCCGAGAUCAAACGAUAAAUCUAAUCCAUCUGAUCAAAUUAUUAAUUUGAAUACCAAAGAUACUUAUCUGGAGGCACUGGAGCACUCGCACUCGAGUAAAGACCCACGUGAAGGUCUUGUCAGAAUUGAUCCGAGGCCCAAGUAUACAAAGUUAGUCCGCAGGACUUAUGAAGGCCCCGUUUAUCGCCCGGAGUAUGGGGCACCUGAGUCUUCGGGUUACAGUUCGAAUUCGGAUUUGAAAAACGCUCGGAUAGCGUACGGAAGCAGUCAGGAGUAUCAGCCUCAGUCAUCGAAUGACUUGUAUUCAUUGCCGAUUCAGCAAUCAACUAAUUUUAAUGAUCAGCAGAACCAAUAUGGUCCACCUGCGGUACCUCAAACUAGUUACGGCACUCCGAGUACUAGUUAUGGUGUCCCUAGUACUAGUUAUGGCUCUCCGAGUACCAGUUAUGGACCUGUGCAGCCACAGAAUUAUUAUGGCGUGCCAAGUAGUUAUUUGCCAGCUAAAGGACCUACGCAAGGUGAGGCACGAGGUUAUGGAAAUGAAUGGAAUGGUUAUGCACUACCACAACUCAUGCCAUCAAUCGAUUUCUCAUGGCCAUUUGCAUUGAAAUUAAAUGCAUUCACCAUAGCUAAAAUACUUUUGAAACUAGUUAUAUUCAAAAUGAUCGUUAAAUUUAUAGCUGUCAUAUGUUUAUUAUUAUUUAUACCCAAAUUAGAGAUGAAAAAGGAUGACAAUGACAAUGAUGAUGACGACAGUCGUGCGUUCAAAUCCACAUCUGCCCUUGAGCGGCUUAAUUCACUUACGACUACUGUUUUAGAUUCAAUUGAUAAAUAUCAGUCAAUAAAUAACAAUGAUAAUAAAGUUAAAAAAUGUGAUAACUUAAAUUGUCGCGUGAAGAGAAUUUUAUUAGCAAAUGAGUCAUGGAGUGAUUAUAUUAAUUUAUUUAAAAAUUACAUCGCUGAAGAAAAAUAUACCGGAAGUGAAGAAUUGAACAGUCAAAGUCACACUGAUACAAAUAAUAAUCAAACAUAAUUGAAUUAUUUAUUUACUUUAACUUUAAUUUAAAAACUGCCAUUUUAUUUAUUUAAUUUAUGUGUAAUAAAAAAUUAAAAAGGAAACUCAA